UCUAACACAAAUUUACAGCAGAUUAUUUACACCAACACUUGGUUCACAUUUACAAACUUUUAAUUCACAGUAACAAGGUAGCGAUGCAAAAUUACAGAAAUAUAAAAUGAAUUUAUAUUCUGUGCAUGUAAACAUGUGAAUAGCAUCUAUCUAUCGAUCAAACAUACAUUUGUUGUUAAGGAGAUACAGAUAUAUAUGUGUAAGUGUAGCGAUUUCGUAUAAAGGUGACCGCAGUUUUAUCUUAAAUUCAGUGCGUGUCUACUGAAAUAUGACAGAUCACACAGAAAAUAUAAUAUCGCCAUGGGAAAUCGAGGCUUUUGUUCAAAAUUUAGACAUUUCAGUCUUGGAAAAUGUCGGUACGAAAAGCUGGUUGGAAUUCCACAAAAGGCUGACAUUGUUAAACCAACAGAGCGUACUCGAAGUAACAGGAUUGCGUGAAGAGAGUGUUAUAGAAUGGUUUACCUCAUUAAAAAAAAUUCCUGUUCUUAUACACGAAGUUAUACAAAUCGACAUAUGGAAGCACAAAGUGUUUCCGCAUUUAAUUGAUCUUAAUAACAAGCCUUCAAAUACAUUUAUGCUAUUCAGCAUACUUUAUCAUGAGGUCGUCGCAGCUUCGUUACUAGAGAAUGUAUUGUUUCAUUGUGAAAGCGCGCAAACGUUAGACGAUACGGUAAUCGAUCUCAUCGUUUAUGCUGUUCAAUGCGUGACAAUGCUUCUCGAUGAGAAGUCUUUAGAGAUCUAUGAGAGUCUCCAAAUCAAAACUCCGAAGUAAGAUAUUAAACUUACUUAUGUUUAUGGAUUAUGGAAAUGUAUA